AUCCAGAAGAGUGCAACUUGUCAUUGAAUCACAUAGUUCAGUCUCAUAAACUCGGACCAGAUGGAGGUAACUCACUCAUGCUGUACGUGAGAUGAUGAAUGUGAAUAUUUGAAGGUUUAGUCUACAUAAAAUUCCAUAAACCUUUCAUUACUUCACUCAAGCAAAGUAUUUGCUCUAGUUGAGUCUCAUUCUCACAUACAGUAACUGUAGAAUAUCCAUGGGGAUCUGAGCAUCCAUCUCCUCAGAUGGGUAUUGAAUGUGUGUGAAGUUCUCAGAAGCAACUGAUGGCAAAAAUGUGUUUUUAGAUAUUCUGUUAAUCCAGGAAAUGGUGAGGAUCAGCUUGAUAAAUAGUUUGAUCAGGGCAGGCACAAGACUGACCUCUGAUCACACCAAUCCAGUAAAUCCUUUUGAAAUUUGGACUUUAAAUAAUCAAAUUGAUUUUUGUUCAGAGCUCUCUAGCAGGUGAUCUGUAUGGUAGUGUGGUUGCUUCACUCUAGUGACAAAUGAAUCGUUGUCACAGGCCUUUCUGAGACAGAUUAACAAAUGUGGAAUUAAUACAAUAAAUACAAAAAGUGUGCUGCUCUUUGAAGUAAAUAAUAUGACAUUAAAUGAAUAGAUUUACUGAACUCUAUCAUCUGAAGUCAGGAAUCAUUACUGAUCACAAAACUGUUCUGUGAUGUAAAACAAAAUCAUGUUUGUUAGGAAGCUCAUGUAAACAAGAUACUCUUGUAAAAGUGACUGAUCUGAAUCUACAGUGUUUCAAACAUUGUCUUUCUCAUAACAACAAUCAUUUGAAUUUCUUAAGUAAUUUUAACAAAAGUGCUGAUGUAAAGCCAAGACUUUCUGUAUGCUUCAGAAGAAGAAAGAUUCAACUAAGUGUGUAUAAUGAUACUGAUUUAAUAAACCUAUAAUGUAUAAAAUGUAACUUAGUGUAUAUGUGUGUUUUUUCUCCUUUUCUGUAUGUGGAGGUUUGUCCAAGUAGCCUAUUUUCCCAACUUUGUUUACGAUCCAGCGUAACAGCAUGAUGUCUGACUGUUUACUCCACAAACAUUUUGGGGGGAAAGUCCUAAACAAUAAUUAACUGAUUUGGAUCUGAACUAGACUCUUAGCUCCAAUUUUUCAUGGGAUGAUUUCACUCCUGACAAAAUGUGCAUCAGUUAUCUUGGAUUUGUUCUUCUGAUCUGGUUUCCUGGAGCGCUACAUGGACAAAGCGCACCACAGUCCUGCAGUGCUCCAACUCUGGAUGGUGGUUUCUUCGCCCCAAAGCAAGAGACUUAUCCUCAUGGAGCACAGCUGGCCUAUACCUGUGGUACUGGACGUAAAGCAACAGUGAAGGGAUGGUGGGCAACAAGCACAUGUCAAAAUGGCAAAUGGUCUCAUGAACUACAAUGUAUAGAUGAAAAAGCCUGCAUUCCACCAACUAUCCCCAAUGCAAAAUACACUGAAAACUCAAAUGGUUGGUAUGAAGAAGGACACAUAAUAAGAAUAACAUGUGACAAAGGAUAUCAAGAUAAAAACCAGGAUGCCACUGCUGAAUGUAUAAAUGGGACAUGGUCCUCUGUGCCGGUCUGUGAGAAAAGUAUCCAAGCAUGCGGUGCGCCUCCUAAAAUCCCCCACGCAGUAAUCAUUAAUCAGGAAUACCAGGAUGUGUUUGCUGCAGAUUCAGAAGUCAAGUAUGAAUGUGAAGAUGGAUUUACUGUAGAAGGAGCAGACACCAAAAAAACCAUCAUUUGUAUUGCUGGAAGCUGGACUACAGGCCCACCGUGCAGAUCUUCUACCACUUCUGACAGAGACAGUAGACCUCUAUUCACAACAAUCGACAAUUGUGGAGACCACCCUAAUGUUCCACAUGGUGAUGUUGUGGUAAAGGAACAAAUGUAUUUGAAAUACCAGUGUCAGAAUGAUUACAAAUACGAGGGACCAGAGACAGUGGUGUGUCACAACGAUGGUACUUGGUCAAAACUACCCGUCUGCAAAGACAUCACACAUCCAGUCAGCCUAGCUCGCCACAACUCCACUCCACCUCGCAUGCCAAAGAUGUCCGACUGGACAGUUGUUCGCUUGCAGCGUGCUGUUCAUUACUCCACUUCCACGCAGAACAGAGAAGAGCUGCUUCAAACCUCUUCAGCCUUCACUCGUAUCUUCUCCCUUUGUGUCUAA